AUGGCCGACCAACGGUGUUUGAUAUUCACCAGUGGAUAUUUUUGCUAUGUGAAGCGAUGGAUACGCGAUGAUGCGAAUGGGGAACGCUAUAAAUUGAUAUCCAUCGAUAUAUUGCGAAUGGCGUCAACUCGGUUGCCACCGAUCGAGGACGAGCCGAUCCUCAAAUUCUUCUACUUCGGACCACCGCGCUCAAAUUCCGCAUCGGCGGCACGACGAUCAUGGCAUCAUCGCGAAGAAAUGCUCGUCAUUCAUGAAUCGUCGCGUCCGCGACCCUAUUCCUAUUCGUUCACUGGAACGCCGAUCGGCGAAUUGGCGCCGAGACCGCCGCCGCUUGUUCUGCCGGCGAGAUGUCGAACAACCGCACCGCUCAAAACGAAUAAGAAGAAAAAGAAGAGCAAGAUGAAGGCGCUUCAGAAGUUCAAGGUGCUUAACUGCUUCCUCGCGUGCUUUCAUUGUGUUUAA